AUGUCCAGUAAUACAUUCCAUUACAACGCUGAAGACACACAGAGUAUCAUCGCCAGAACAAACUUCUCCAGCGAAUUCCUACAAAUACCAGCACACGAUUUCAGAUCCAGGGAAUUUGAACGUGAGUCCAAGCACCUUGUGAAUCUUGAAUUACAUUGCGCAACUCUAACAGAGUAUCUCAAAGUACAAUGGAUUCCACGAGGAUUAAGAGUCCGACUAAGGCCGACAGUAUUCAGCGAGAAAAAAGAAUUCUGUGAACUCUUUGAACAGAUCCUUAAUAAGUGUUCCAGUGACUUGAUGACCCUGACGGUCGAUUUCUUACAGAAAGAGAUCACCUUGAUCCAAGAGAAAAUAGCCACCAUAGAAACGCAGCUAAACUCCAGUUUGAGUCCAGAGGACCUCAGUAAACUCAAAGAAAAGGUUUCCACCACCCUUGAAUCACAUAAGAAAGAGUCUGAACGGAAGAAGCGAGACAAAUUUGUCCGUGAUACUGAAGACUACCUCCAGAAUCGAGUGUAUCGAUGGCAAGAAUUCUUUCCUCCCCCAAGGGGAUACCAUUCACGGCGAGGAAUCUCCCAGGACACUUUUUCCUCCAGUUCCGAAGGCAACAACUUCUCACAGUCCCGGGGCCGUUUUUUAGCCAGACGUCGCCCAAGAAGACGAGGAGGGGAGGCCGCCGGCACAGAUACCGCAGUGACCAGAUCCCAGGCCCGCUAAGGAUGAUGGAUCCGGAUCAAUGCUGCGGUGGUUCUCAUACACGGUGCACUCAAUCCGGUGAGUCACCCAGCCAUCCACAGUGGUCAUGCAAACUUCAUCACCUAGAUGUAAUGUUAUGUUCUUCCCCCCUUUUUUUGUACUAGGAUUAGCCAUCCAUCUUUGAUUUACGUAUAUUAUUGACGCAAUAUUGAUGUUAUGUUAUGAAUUUUGAUCACUUUGAUACCUGCAAAUUUCUGUAGACCCGCUACUAUAGAUUACUAAGAAUUCGCUUUGUUGCAAUAUGAUGUGUAUGCAAACGAUUUGCCUCAAUAUCUUUCACCCAUCCCUGAGUAGCAUUAGCCCAAUUUUGUUCUGUUCUGAUCUCUGUGAAUAACUUUUGUUGUUAAACCAACUAUUCAGAUGGACGAUUCUAUUUAUGUAUAUUAUAUAUACUGUUGUUAUACUAUUUCAUAUAGGUCUGAGGAAGGUCAUGUUUGACCGAAACGUCACAUAUAUUUUUGGAUUGCAAAAAUAAAUUUACCACU